GUUCAGCGUGUGUGUGUGUCCGGCGGAGGAUGGAGGACGAGCCGCGAGAGACCCUGGACUAACGCAGGAGGUGGUGGUGGUGGUGGAGGAGGAGGAGGAGGAGGGUGGUCUUGCGUUUUACAUGGAACCUGUUUGCGUUUUCCUCCAAAGGUGGAUUUUAUACUGAAACACUGCAUGACAAAAUGCCAUUUGCCAAGCGGAUCGUGGAGCCCCAGUGGCUGUGCAGACGCUCGGACGCGGAUGAGGAGGGUCUCCUGCUCCAGGACCUGUGCGCCUUCAGCAAUGUGGCUCUGUCCCGGACCCUGCGCCAGCUGUCGGAUCUGGCCAAACACGCCUGCUCGCUCUUCCAGGAGCUGGAGCACGAGCUGCUCGCCACGAACCGGCGCGUCUGUGCGCUCCGGGAGAAGAUGAGCAGGAUCCAGGAGACCACCGGCGCGCUCGACCCCAAACAGGAGGCAGUGCCGUUGUCCAACCUGGACAUUGAGAGUAAGCUGAGCGGACAUUAUCAGGCUCCGUGGCACCUGCAGAGAAAUGUGUUCCUGCCGUCGACUCGACCCGCGUGUGUGGAGGAGCUGCACCGAAACGCCAAACAGAGCCUGCGGGCGCUGUACAGAGACCAGCAGCAGAGGCAGGAGGUCAGCGAGAGAGAGCGCAGGGUGACCAUUUCCAUCUCCAUGGCUCCGCCCAUGCCCACCUACCCCUCGCCCCGGGCCCACCGCAGACGCCAGCAGAGAGACAGACCCCUCGCCACGGAAAGGACAGAGAGAGACAUAGAAACUCAGACGACGCAAGCACAGUUCCAAAGCGCCCGGUCCUCCUCCCCUACUGAGUGUUGUCAUUUUUCCCCAUGGAGCAGAAAGAUUGUUCCUCCAGUGGAUUCAGAUCCAGAGCUGGUGGCUUUGGGCCACUGGCCAAAGAGCCCGAUCCCGAACGUGCCCUCGACGCUGGACAAACAGACCAACUGGGCUGGAAUCUUACCACUGCCCACCCCAGAGGAGAAGAUGAAGACGGACUCUCAAGUCAUCACCUCAUGCAUCGUUCCCAUUAAUGUAACAGAGGAGGGCGCCAACGCUACUUCCCCCUCAGCGAUAUCAGCUUUCCUAAGGGUUGGGUUCGACAGAGAGGCCAGUGUACGCUGCUCACUAGUCCACUCACAAUCAGUGCUGCAACGGCGAAGGAAGCUAAGGAGACGGAAAACGAUCACUGGCAUUCCCAGACGGGUGCAACAAGAUUUUGAUUCUGAUGAGUCUCCAGUGGCCAGAGAACGUACAGUGAUAGUCCACACCAACCCUGAAAUUUGCCAAGAGGAUCUCAUGCUCUCUCGUCUCAACACCAAGGACUCUGGUUGCCAGACAGAAGAAUUCUUGAUUGUUGGGGCUGCACCCUCACGUAGACGGAUCAGAGCCCAAAGGGGGCAGGGCGUGACUGUGUCACUGUCCCAUUCCACAGGCAACAUAUCUUCUCUGCCUGACAACUCUGACACAAUGUUCACCGCCUCAGUAGGCUCCCGUCUGCGUUCUCGAAGCCUCCCCCGAGAGGGAGGGCGGCUGGUGGACGAAGGUCACGAUGACAGUGAUGAGGAUGAUGAGGAGGAGGAUGAGGAAGAACUGUCACCCUCUGAGACAGAGGACUUCUUACCAGUCCCAGGGGAACAUAUUCUUAAAGAUGAUGAAGAAAGCACUGAUGACCAGGCAAUCCCAGAGAGCCAGCAUAACAGUUUGAAAUUCAAGCAGCAUGCUGGAAGUACAGAGCAUGACUGGAUAGAGAGGGGUCGAUCCCACCUGCCUCGCAAAACUGACAUGGGUAGCUGUGAGAUUUCCUCCAGUUCUGAUACAUUCAGUAGCCCCAUUCACUCUGUUUCCAACGCUGGUGUGCUGACAAGCCAGAUGGACCACAAGGAGGAUCACCAGUCCUCGAGCGGCAAUUGGAGUGGUAGCAGUUCUACCUGUCCCUCCCAGACAUCAGAGACCAUUCCACCUGCAGCCUCACCCCCACUCACCGGAUCAUCCCACUGUGAUUCAGAACUAUCAUUAAAUGCAGCUACCAAUACUAAUGAUGACUCCACUGGCUUCAUUAUUGAUCCAUAUCCUGGAGACCGAUCACAAGGCCUCCGUAGCCAUAGGACAGGUUCAUUUACUUCCACUGCAACUGACAUGCUUGAUGAUGCUGGAGUCAGCACUGCCAGUGAGGGUGAGUGGAGCUAUUCACACUACAGGCACAACCUGCCUUGCCAUCCCGACUUUAGUCCUGAGCACUCUAGGGCAGAGAAUAUCCUAGAAUGUCCCAGUUUUGCUAGCAUAGCCACUUUUGAAAGUUUAACAGAUAGGCCACCAUCUGAAAAGGCUGACACCACCUCACACUUUUCUGUAGAUGUUGAGGGCUACUAUACCUCCAUGCACUUUGACUGUGGUCUUAAAGGUAGCAAAAGCUUCACGUAUAACUAUGCAUCUGUAGACCAGCAGCAGGCAGAAUAUGGACAUCAAACAAACACACUUGGGAGACGUAGUCUCUCUCUAAGGAAACCAAAGGUGAAGCCAUCCCCACCAAAACGCAGCUCAUCCUUGAAAAAAAUAAGCAGCCACGGUGGACCUCCCACUGACAAGAACGAACCAAAGAAUGCUGUCGGUCAGAACAAAUCUAUGUCUUCCGGUGAGAGAACACAGCAUGUGGGGUUGAACGGAGGCUCUUCAAGUCAACUGGAGAGUGAGGAGCCACUGGGGGCUUGGGGUGUUGAGAGUUCUACAGAGAUUCCAGAAGUUGCUUUGUUUGGCUCCACAGAAACACAUUCCUUCAAGGACGAGGGAGCUGUCCAGUCAGACUAUGCAGAUCUCUGGCUUCUUAAUGACUUGAAAUCCAAUGAUCCUUACAGAUCGUUGUCAAAUUCCAGCACAGCUACGGGUACCACUGUCAUUGAAUGCAUUAAGUCACAGGAGAGCUCUGAAUCCCAGACUUCCCAGUCAGGAUCUAGGGCCACCACUCCUUCAUUACCAUCGGUGGAAAGCGAGUUUAGACUGCCUUCACCAGAAAAGCUGGUAGGUCUAGCCUCACCUUCCAGUGGCUACUCCAGCCAGUCAGAGACACCGACAUCAUCUCUUCCGUCGGCUUUCUUCCCAAAUGCUCACCCAAUGUCCCCUACUGGUGGCAAAAGGAAACCCAAAGUCCCAGAGAGGAAGUCCUCACUUGCUUCUUUGCAGCAGCACUCAUCUAAAAGGGACCUGGAAUUGCCUAUCAUACCUCCCUCCCAUCUUGACCUAAGUGCCCUUCCCAAUGUCAGCAAGCCUUCAAUUCACAAAAACCAGAUGCAUAUCCUCCACCAUAGCAAACAAAAAGCAGCAGUUUCAGCAGAAAUCAAGCAUGAGAGUCUGGCAACUUCAAUUUCAAGUGAUGAGCUGGCAGUCACUAGUCCUUUGGCCAUCACUCCCACGGUACUUCGUUCAGUUCAACUACGUUCCGUUGGCAAAUCUGGAGAUGGGAGCCCCGAUCGACCAAUAACUGAUUCUGCCACUAGGCCUAAGUGUCCCACUGUGACUAUCAUUACCCCACCUACUCACAAUAAACCCCAUGAAACUAGGAAGCCUCCACCCUAUAGGCCCCUUCUCACAGAAACAUCCUCUCAGGACAAUUGUGAAACACUGUUUACCCCAGUAGAUGGACUACCUGCUAAGAAUAUAGCAAGCCAUUUUGGUGCAAGAAAUAGAUAUGACCGAUUAGCCCCAUCACCUUUUUGGAGCAUGACUGCUUUUAAGGCCCCAUCUGAGCAGCUGAACAUAGACGAAGUGAUGUCUGAGAAUUCCCGCGAAGUCGCAGAAGAGGUGAGCACCUCAAAUAAUUUAUUUCCCCAGAGUAGCCUGGAAGUGGAGCAAAUCCAGCCAUGGAAAUCUGAGCCAAAUGAGGGACGCCCUGGUCAGAAUGGUCUAGGAAAGAGGUCAGAUAGUCUUGACCAAGUGCCUGAUAUUGUCUAUCAAAGAUCAGAGACAUUGCAAGCUUAUCUAAUCAGCAGUGCUGGAGAAGAAUUUGUAACAUCAGGUGUUCCUACCAGAAGUGCCUCACAGGAACUUGUAGAGGAAGGGUCAACACCAGAAACAGAGGACUAUUUCAGCAAAGAGUCUACACCAAGCGAUUCAACUGUGUCCCCUCUAACAGACGAAUCCAAAACCGAGGAUGAUAGUGUUUUUCUUUCACCAAGUAAAAGUCGCACAACAGAGGAUCUCUUUGCCAUGAUCCACAGGUCAAAACGAAAAAUGCUGGGCAGGAAAGAUUCUGGAGAAAUGUCAGUGCGGAGCCGUUUAGCUGUUGUUUCUGGGAAUGGCUCUGCUACUAAUCCUGCAACCUUGCCAAGCACCCCAAACAUGCCUACAAGUCCAUCUGCUCAAACUGGGGCUCAGAGAACCCCAGGCCCAAUUUACAGGAGUGCCAAAAAGUCCAGUACCUCAAAUGAAGAGUUCAAACUGCUGCUGUUGAAAAAGGGAAGUCGGUCCGACUCCAGUUAUCGCAUGUCAGCUACAGAAAUUCUCAAGAGCCCCGUUGCACCCAAAAGCCCCGGUGAGCUCUUAAUGGAGGGUUCUAGACCAUUUGAGGAGCCACUCUCUCCUUUACAGACACAAAUUCCAGAGGGAACUCCUGAGCAAAUGCCCAGCCCCUUUCCCAAAUCUUAUGCUGAGGGCUUUUCCCCAAAAGCUUUUCCCACGUCUGCCUCAACUAGACAAGGCCGGUCCAGGAUGCCACCAGCUGCCAAUAGCAGCCGCUACAGUACACGAAGUCGGCUGUACACUGCUCCCAUGCAGGCCAUAUCAGAAGGGGAAACAGAAAACUCAGAUGGAAGCCCACACGAUGACCGUUCCUCCUGAAAAAUGCACCUUGACUUUUAGAAUCAGUCUAGACACCACAAAUUUUGACAUCAAGUCAAUAAUGCUGGGCACAUGGCAUAAUCAAUUCUGUUCUUAAGAAGACCAUUAACCACCUACAUAGCGCCUGUACCAUUUAUCAAGAAGAACAAAACAUUCUAAUAAUGAUUUUCAGUAGUGGUGUUCUAAUAACUUCCAUGAACAUAUUUAUUUUAUGUGAAUACUUUGUUUCCUUUCAUUUUAAAAUGAGGGUGGAGAAAACUACAUGACAAAAAUCCAUCACUUUGUAAUUAUUCACAGUGAAUCAAUUGUGGAUGCUUUUUGUCACACACAUUUAACAUUGUUUAGAAAGAUGAGAACAGUACUGUACUGGAGUAACUGUGAAAAUGGGUCCAGAUGGUAUUAAAAGAAGGGAAAAUCUUUCUUUUACCUUACUCACAAACUGUUUAUGGCAGACAGCUUGGGACAAUCAAAGAGUGGCCUUUUGUAUAGUUAGCUGUAGCAUAAAUGGGCUAAGUGCUUUCGAGUUAGCCCACAACUGGAUCUUAUUGGGCAAGAAAUGUAGCUGUGUUGGAGUAUCCUGAUGGCCAACCACUAUUUUGCACUUCUUUUGGUACUGAAAAAAUAUCAGACAUUUUAAUGAAAUCUUACAAAAAUGCCACAAAAGAAAAAGUGACAUGAAAACAAAUAUCUAUAUACAGAAUAUAAUUUUUUUUAAUGUAUUUUUAAUGAGAUUAGCUUAAGAAGAUAAUAGGCAAAUUGUGUCCAUAUUUGGCAUUUUUAAAAUAUUGAGCUUUUUGAUGCACCGUCUAAUAAUUUUAAAGCAAUGCUGUAAUAAAUGACCACACAAUUCUUCCCUUUCAUUCAGUAUUUAUCUUUUCUAAGCAAAUUUCUUUAAAAAAAAAAAUCAACCCAUUGUUUCUAUUUCAAAAAAAUUGAUCUAAAAAUGACAACAG